GCCUAUUGUAUCUUGUAAUGCUCUAUAUUCCAAUUGCCUUGACACGAUGAUGCGCCUUCGCAUUUCAUUUCUGGCCAAACUGUCUGCCCUUUUUUCUUUUCCAAAAUUCAUCCAGUCUUCUGCAAUUGUUCCGUUAACUGUUUCAGGCUGUCGCGAACACUACAAGCUGAGUGUGGCCUGUCACUCCGCCACCACACUGCCGUGAAUGCGCCAAAUAUCACUACUUCACCUGUUCUCCCACCGUAAAUGAUGCGUCAGCCAAUUAAGCGUUCAAUCUGUC